UUUCAUUGGCCCCUUUUAUUAUGUUAAGAGAUAAAUAUUGAGAAAUAAAUUUUAAAUUAAUUUAAUUUUUUAAAAGUAUUUCUAAUAUUAUUUAGAUAUUAUAACUUGUGACUUGUAUGAGUUUCAGGAGAUCUGUUUCUUUUCACUAAAACAGAAAACUUUUUAAAGUCGUUCAUACAAUAAUUUAUGGACCUUUAAUUCAUUUUAAACUUUUUUGAGGAUUUAGGAAAACUAUUUACAUAUGUAAACGCCAUCUCUAAUUUGUAAAAGUGUUUACAAUCUGUGAUCGGAACUAAGAAUGUCGUUAUUAAUACGAAUUGCGUGUAUCGUAACUCAUUUGUCUAUUGUACUGACAAAGAAUAGGACACAGAACUUUCACAAGUAUUGUAUUAUUGGAGCAGGUCCAGCUGGUUUACAAUUUGGAUAUUUUCUACAGUCAUCUAAAAGAGAUUAUAUUAUCUUUGAAAAGAGUCAUACUCCAGGUCACUUUUUCACCAUCUUUCCAAGACACCGUAAAUUAAUUAGUGUAAAUAAACGUCACACUGGUCAAAGGAAUAAACAUUUCUCUUUUCGGCAUGACUGGAAUUCGUUGAUCUCUGAGGAUGAAAGUCUUCUGUUUACUCAUUACUCUAAGGAAAUUUUUCCUUCAGCUGACCUGUUAGUCAGAUAUUUUCAAGACUAUCAAAAGAAACUGGAUAUCAAAGUUAAGUUUAAUACAGAGGUGCGACAGAUAUUGAGAGUCAAACAUCAUAACACUAGCUUAUAUCAACUGAAGGACAAGUCAGAUCAUGUUUACUAUUGCAAAAUUGUUAUAGUUGCUACUGGGAUGUGGAAACCAAAUAUCCCCAACAUAAGAGGCAUUGAGAAAGCAUUGGGCUAUGAGACUUUCAAUACAAACCCAGAAAUAUACGAAAAUAAAAGUAUUUUAAUCUUGGGUGUUGGAAAUUCUGCCUUGGAGACUGCCACAUCUCUCUACAGUCAUACACAAUAUGUUCACCUAAUUGCAAGACAACCAAACCUGAAUCUGGCUUGGUCUACACAUUAUGUUGGAGAUAUAAGAGCUGUCAAUAACAAUCUUCUCGAUACAUUUCUACUCAAGUCUUUGGAUGGUGUCUCAUGGCUAGAUUUAAAAGGUUCCAGUAUUCAAGAAAAACAUGGAAAAUACUUUGUCGUCCUAAAUGAACAUUAUUUAUCAAACACGAACAAAAAGCGGUUCGUACCUGACAAUUUCGCUUUACGUGGUGGAUACGAUGUAGUCAUCAGAUGCUUAGGAUUUACCUUUGAUGAUUCUAUUUUUAGUCCAUCAUCUCUAAGUAGACCAUGGGGUCGAGCAAGAAAAUACCCAGCUAUUACUGACAGCUACGAGUCGGUUGACUUACCUGAAGUAUUUAUUGCUGGAACUGCGGCGCACUCUUUAGACUUCAAACGCUCUGCUGGAGGAUUCAUUCAUGGAUUUCGUUACACAGGUCAGUCGUUACAUCGUCUGUUAGAAUGGCGUUUUGAAAAUGAAAGAUGGCCUUCCGUAACAAUUACGUUUGAAAAUUUACUUGGUCACAUUCUUAAAAGACUAAAUGAAGGUUCUGGUAUCUAUCAGAUGUAUGGUGUUUUGGCUGAUGUUAUUAUUGUACACAGGGAUACUGAUUCAGCUAUAUAUAUAGAGGAAUUUCCAAUUAAAUUGUUACAUCAUUUACCUGAGUGCACAGGACACAACGCUUCAGAAAUAAUAGUUGUUUUUUUAGACUACGGAUGGUUAAACACAAAUGACAACAAGUUUGAAGCCAUUGCAUCAAAUGCUCACCUUUCGUAUUUUUUACAUCCAAUUUUAUAUUACUUUAAAAAUUUGCCAGCAGAGUCAGAUUUUCAAAGAUGGAAAGAUUAUGACCGUUUGCCUCGUCCAGAUUCCAUUCAUCAUGUGGUAGAGGACUUCUUGGUACUUUGGCACUCUUUCAAUGAGCAUAUUCUUCCUUUAAAAAGAUGGUUGGAACACGUUUUACGCAGAAAUCUCAGAUACUUUUUCUGGGACAAUUGUUUGCAAAUUAUUUUAACACAGAUCAGCUCUCCAAAAUUUUGUCAACAAUUUUUAAAAGGCCAAGGUCUUGUUGAAAGAUCUCAAGGAAAAGCUGUCCCUUACGCUCGUAGAGUUGUUAUGGCUACAUUGUAUUCGUCGAAUUGAUCCGCCUUCUUACGAUAUAUUAUAACAAUAAAAAUAUAUUAAAUUAA